CACUUGCGGACCUCUACCUGAGCUUUAGAUCGGUCCGUUAUUUUUUCGCACCUUCUUCUUCUUCGCGACUUUUUUUUUAUACAUUUUUACAAUUAAAACAAUUAAAAAUUAUUAAUUAAUGCACCUGUAGUUACAAGUACGACGACACGAAACUAGUUAGAAGUGAAUUUUUUUUAGCCAAGUGAAUUAAAAAAAAAAAAAAAAUAAUGGAAGCUGACACUCCAGUGAAGAAAAAAACAAAAAAGCCAAAAGCUGCUGUUGAUUCCGCAGAUUCGUCGGAAGCAACGCCUCUUACCGAAAACGGGCAUACCGAAAAUGGUGUUGAAGAUGUGAGCUUUAGUGAGGACUCUGUUUCGGCUCCUGCUGCUCCAGCACGCGAACCCGAGCCUGAACCCAUUAGUAUGAUUGGCAAGUUGCCAAAUCCCCAUCCAGGCUUGAGUUCGGAGGAUGUCGCGAUCCAAAUUGCCCAAUUGAUGGCGCAAAAUGCCACGUUGUUGGCCUCGACACCGCAAGCGACGCACUCGUUGGCGGAACUUGUGCAUGUGGCGGGCAAUCGUGGACCCGCGUUGCAACAAUUGGAGCAAAAUGCCAAGGAUACGUUGAAAUUGGCGGAACUCGAGGAGAAAAAACGCAUCGAGUUGGAGAAGGAACAUCAGCAAUUGCUGAAGGAAAAGCAGGAAUUGCUCGAUACCAUCAAUGGCGAAAAGGGAUCUUUGGCUGAGAUUCAGGCAAAAGCCAAUAAAUUGGAAAGCCAAAAGAAAUCUUUGGAAAGUCAAUUGCGUGAAAUCCAAGAUCGUCUCGCCAAAGACGAGGAUGAGCGCAACAACUUGUUCCACACGUCCAAAAAAAUGGACCAGCAGAUCGGGACCUACAAGAAGGACGUGGAGAAUCUCGAGUUGGCGCUCAAAAAAUCCGAGCAAGACAAAGCCUUGAAGGACCAACAAAUCCGCCAAUUCAAGGAUGACAUUGCCGAGCAAGAAAACCUCAUCCAACAGCUGGCCAAGGAGAAGAAAAUCCAGCAGCAAAUCAACCAAAAGACCGCCGAAGAGUUGCAAGCGAACGAAGACAAGUUGAAUCACAUCAACAAGGUCAAAGCGAAGCUCGAGCAAAAUUUGGACGAACUCGAGGACAAUAUCGAGCGUGAGAAGCGUCUCACUGGUGAUGCCGAAAAAUCCAAGCGCAAGUGCGAAGGUGACUUGAAACUCGCGCAGGAACAAGUUCAGGACUUGGAGCGUCACAAGAAGGAAUUCGAGCAAGCCGUUCAACGCAAAGAGAAGGAACUUAGCUCGUUGUCUGCCAAACUCGAGGACGAGCAAAAUCUCAAUGUUAAACUCACGAAGCAAACGAAGGAGGUUUACGGGCGCUUGGAUGAGUUGGAUGACGAAGUUGAGAUGGAGCGACAAGCAAGAGCACGUGCCGAGAAACAACGUGCUGAUCUUGCCCGCGAAAUGGAAGAACUCGCGGAACGCUUGGAGGAAGCUGCUGGCGUUACUGCUGCCCAAGUUGAGUUGAACAAGAAACGUGAAGCUGAAAUUAACAAGAUCCGCGGGCAAUUGGAGGAAGAUAAUGCACGCAGCGAAAAAGUUUUCGGCGAUUUGCGUAAGAAGCACAAUGAUGCGGUCACUGAGAUGAACGAACAAGUUGAUCAAUUGACCAAAUUGAAGGCUAAGGCUGACAAGGAAGUGCAGGAAAUUUAUGCUCAAUUGAACGAUGCUCGUCAUCAAAUGGACCAAAUUGUUCAAGAAAAGGCAAACCAAGAACGCAUUGCCAAGCAAUUGCAACAAUCUGUCUCCGAGUCUCAAGCUCAAUUGGAGCAAAAUUACCGUGCCGUCAACGAGCUUGAUCAAGCCAAAAAGAAGUUGGCUUACGAGAACAGCGAGCUUGAACGCAAAAUCGAAGAAACCGAGUCUCAAGCAUCUCAACUUGGCAAAGUCAAGACUUCCUUGACGCAACAACUCGAAGACACGAAACGUCUUGCUGACGAAGAAACCCGCGAAAAGGCAACUCUUUUGGGCAAAACACGCAAUCUCGAACUCGAAUACGAGAAAUUGCGCGAUCAACUCGAAGAAGAAGCCGAUCAAAAGGGAGAACUUCAACGUUUGUUGAGUGGCGCCACCUCCGACGCCCAAAUGUGGAAGAACAAAUACGAAAACGAGGGACUUGCACGUGUCGAAGAACUCGACGAGGCAAAGAAGAAGUUGACAGCUCGCUUGACCGAAGCCGAGGAAACGAUCGAAUCGUUGGGCGCCAAAUGCACUGCCUUGGACAAGACCAAGAGUCGUCUCGAAAUCGAAGUUACCGAACUCCAAGUCGAAUGCGAUCGUGUCUUGUUGUUGGCUGAAGCGGCGGAACGCAAGCAACGUGCCUUCGACAAGGUCAUUGCCGAAUGGAAGUUGAAGGUUGACGAUUUGAUGGCUGAGUUGGAUGCAUCGCAACGCGAAUGUCGCGCUUACGCUACCGAAUUGUAUCGUCUCAAGGCUGCCUACGAAGAGGGACAAGAGCAACUUGAAGGAGCGCGUCGCGAAAACAAGAACUUGGCGGAUGAGGUUAAGGACUUGUACGACCAAUUGGGCGACACUACGAAGAAUUUCCACGAAAUCGAGAAGGCCAAGAAGCGUUUGGAGACCGAAAAGGACGAUUUGCAAUCCGCAUUAGAGGAAGGCGAAGCUGCUUUGGAGGCUGAGGAGAACAAAGUUUUGCGUGCCCAACUUGAAUUGCAACAAGUUCAUCAAGAAGCCGAACGUCGUAUCCAAGAGAAGGAAGAGGAAUUCGAAAAUACGCGCAGAACUCAUCAACGCGCGAUGGAAUCAAUGCAAGCCUCUUUGGAUGCUGAAACCAAGGGCAAGCACGAAGCUCUCAAGAUGAAGAAAAAGUUGGAACAAGAUAUCAAUGAACUCGAAAUUUCUUUGGACCACACUAAUAAGGCAACUGCGGAGGCCCAAAAGACAUUGAAACGUCUCCAACAACAAUCACGUGACUUGCAAGCAUCCUUGGAGGAAGAAACCCGCAAUCUCGAAGAAGCCCGCGAAGCUCUCGGAACAUCUGAACGUCAUGCCAACGCCUUGCAAAACGAACUCGAGGAAUCCCGUACUUUGCACGAACAAGCCGAUCGUGCUCGUCGCCAAGUUGAAGCCAACCUCGCCGAUGCGCACGUCGAAUUGAACGAAAUCGAAGCUGCAAACGCCCAAAUGACUGCCGCCAAGAAAAAGCUCGAUGGCGAACUCCAAAGUUUGCACGGCGACUUGGAUGAAUUGUUGAACGAAGCCAAGAACUCCGAAGAAAAAGCCAAGAAAGCAAUGGUUGAUGCUGCUCGUCUCGCCGAUGAACUUCGUGCCGAACAAGAACACUCCCAAACUGAGGAACGCGCUCGCAAAGACUUGGAAGGACAAAUUUCCGAACUUCAAGCACGCGUCGACGAAGCCGAAGCGAAUGCCUUGAAGGGCGGCAAGAAAAUUAUCGCAAAAUUGGAAACGCGUGUUCGCGCGAUCGAAAAUGACUUGGACAAUGAGCAACGGAAACACGCCGAAGUCGAGAAAAAUAAUCGCAAGAAUGAGCGUCGCAUCAAGGAAUUGACGUUCCAAUCGGAGGAAGACAGAAAGAAUCAUCAACGGCUGCAAGAUUUGGUCGAUAAAUUACAAAAUCAAAUCAAGAGCUACAAGAGACAGAUUGAGGAAGCCGAAGAAAUUGCCGCGUUGAAUUUGGCCAAAUUCCGUAAGGCACAACAGGAUUACGAGGAAGCCGAAGAACGUGCUGACUUUGCCGAACAAGCAUUCAACAAAUUACGUGGAAAGCACGGUGGAUCGAUGCCACGUGGAGGCUCAUGUGUACCACGUGGAGGCUCAUGUGCACCACGAGGCAUGUCUGCCCAACCCCAAUAUGACGGAUUAUCCUUCCCACCAAGAUUCGAUCUUGCCGGAGAGGAGGUCUAAAGAAAGCCGUUUGACGAAAAUCGAAUCAUUUAUUCACUCUUUUUUUGAAGUUUUUAACAUUGUUAUGUUCAUUUAUUUAUUUAAUACUAUACUAUUGGAUGGUAUUGAAGGUCAUUUCCAUAUAAAAUUUAAGAUUAUGGUUGGUUAAGAAAUAAACUUUGGAUGCACUGAGGUGUCAAGUUCUGCGGAUAUGAACGAGAUAUUGCUCAAAUGAAGUUUAAAGUAGUUAUAACAACGAAAGUCAGCCCGCAACGAAAAUAAAAUUAUAGAAAAGCCGUCUUCAUUUACAUUAUCUUACAAAAUAUUCGUAGAAACGAUACUUUGGAUAAAAAUCUGCUCCAAAUACGAAAUAAUAAAAGCUUUUCGAAUAA